AUGAUCAAUGGUGGCAGCACAGGUGGCAGCACUGGUGGCAGCACAGGUGGCAGCACUGGUGGCAACCCAGGUGGCAGCACUGGUGGCAACCCAGGUGGCAGCACAGGUGGCAGCACUGGUGGCAGCACAGGUGGCAGCACAGGUGGCAGCACUGGUGGCAGCACUGGUGGCAGCACUGGUGGCAGCACUGGUGGCAGCACUGGUGGCAGCACUGGUGGCAGCACAGGUGGCAGCACUGGUGGCAGCACAGGUGGCAGCACUGGUGGCAGCACUGAUGGCAACCUAGGUGGCAGCACUGGUGGCAGCACUGGUGGCAACCCAGGUGGCAGCACUGGUGGCAGCACUGGUGGCAGCACAGGUGGCAGCACAGGUGGCAGCACUGGUGGCAACCCAGGUGGCAGCACUGGUGGCAGCACUGGUGGCAGCACUGGUGGCAACCCAGGUGGCAGCACUGGUAGCAGCACUGGUGGCAGCACUGGUGGCAGCACUGGUGGCAACCCAGGUGGCAGCACUGGUGGCAGCACAGGUGGCAGCACUGGUGGCAGCACUGGUGGCAGCACUGGUGGCAGCACAGGUGGUAGCACUGGUGGCAACCCAGGUGGCAGCACAGGUGGCAGCACAGGUGGCAGCACAGGUGGCAGCACUGGUGGCAGCACAGGUGGCAGCACUGGUGGCAGCACUGGUGGCAGCACUGGUGGCAACCCAGGUGGCAGCACUGGUGGCAACCCAGGUGGCAGCACUGGUGGCAGCACAGGUGGCAGCACAGGUGGCAGCACUGGUGGCAGCACUGGUGGCAGCACUGAUGGCAACCCAGGUGGCAGCACUGGUGGCAGCACUGGUGGCAACCCAGGUGGCAGCACUGGUGGCAACCCAGGUGGCAGCACUGGUGGCAGCACUGGUGGCAGCACUGGUGGCAACCCAGGUGGCAACCCAGGUGGCAGCACUGGUGGCAACACUGGUGGCAACACUGGUGGCAGCACUGGUGGCAGCACUGGUGGCAGCACUGGUGGCAGCACUGGUGGCAGCACAGGUGGCAGCACUGGUGGCAGCACUGGUGGCAGCACUGGUGGCAGCACUGGUGGCAACCCAGGUGGCAGCACAGGUGGCAGCACAGGUGGCAGCACUGGUGGCAGCACAGGUGGCAGCACAGGUGGCAGCACUGGUGGCAGCACUGGUGGCAGCACUGGUGGCAGCACUGGUGGCAACCCAGGUGGCAGCACUGGUGGCAGCACUGGUGGCAGCACAGGUGACAGCACAGGUGGCAGCACUGGUGGCAGCACUGGUGGCAGCACUGGUGGCAACCCAGGUGGCAGCACAGGUGGCAGCACUGGUGGCAACCCAGGUGGCAGCACUGGUGGCAGCACUGGUGGCAGCACAGGUGGCAGCACUGGUGGCAGCACAGGUGGCAGCACUGGUGGCAGCACAGGUGGCAGCACUGGCAGUAGACGCGGCGGCGAGCACUGUCUGGUACCUCCUGGCUCGUCUCUGUCACCUUCAUGGCUGUGUAUCACUGUAUCACAGCCUCAUACCACCGGCGUCACUCUGGCUGUGUAUCACUGGUCGACCCUCACACCACUGGCGUCACUCUGGCUGUGUAUCACUGGUCGACCCUCACACCACCGGCGUCACUCUGGCUGUGUAUCACUAGUCGACCCUCACACCACCGGUGUCACUCUGGCUGUGUAUCACUGGUCGAUCCUCACACCACGGGUGUCACUCUGGCUGUGUAUCACUGGUCGACCCUCACACCACCGGUGUCACUCUGGCUGUGUAUCACUGGUCGACCCUCACACCACCGGCGUCACUCUGGCUGUGUAUCACUGGUCGACCCUCACACCACCGGCGUCACUCUGGCUGUGUAUCACUAGUCGACCCUCACACCACCGGUGUCACUGGCUAUAUAUCACUGGUCGAACCUCACACCACCGGGCACCGCUCCAGUGCCAGUUUCCAGGUUUUAUCAGUGUGGCCAAGACGAGGGGUCAAGUGCAGGCGUGGGGGACCUUGGUCCACCUCCACCACAUCCUGGCCUCCUACCUCAACACCUGCGUGGAGUACGUUAUACCGGAGGACCGUCUCUUCGGCUCCCAGCUGGACAACGGCUCCUGGACCGGGGUCAUUGGUCUGGUCAUCCGCAAGGAGGUGGACAUGUCAGGCAUAGUGGUGAACAUCGACGCCGGGCGGAUGCAGGUGCUGGAGGCCAGUGUGGCGCUCUACAUAAACGAGAAGCUCCUCUCUUACAAGCGGCCCGGCCCUCAUGCAGACCUCGCAGGCUUCCUCAACCCCUUCACUGCCACGAUGUGGAGUGUGGCGGCGGUGGCGGCAGUGGUGGUGGUGGCGGCGGUGGCGGCGCUCACCCAGAGUGUUCCCAGCUCCCUGGAAGGUUUGUCUGGUGGGAGAGGAGCAGACGGAGGCGGGGAGAGGCCGGGGUCCUGGACGCGCGCGCUGUGGCAGGCCUCGCUCUGGACGGUGUCCGCCCUUCUUGGAAUCUCGUCGUGGUGGUGGCCCCGGGGAGCGAGCCAGAAGGUGGUGGCGACGGUGUGGUUGCUGGGGGCGCUGGUGAUCAGUGCUGUCUACCGCUCCAACCUGAUGGCCAUGUUGGUCAAGCCCAGCCUCCGUCUCCCCUUCAACACCCUCGAGGAGCUCCUCCACACCAAGAUCCCCUGUUACGUCACCCAGGGCACUGUGCUUCAUAGUGAGAUCCUUGUAAGUUACGUCACCCAGGGCACUGUGCUUCAUAGUGAGAUCCUUGGAGCAGCGCCAGGCAGCCAGCUGUACCGCCUGAGGCAGCAGAUGGUGAGCCACGGGGACGUGCUCGCCGCAGAGAGGGACACAGCCCUGGGGAUACAAGCCAGCUUCUCAACCCGCUAUGCUGUCUACAAUUCAUUUCACAAAAGCUUCUCUCAGAGCAGGAGGUGUCCCCUGUACACGGCGUCUGAGACCUUCUUCAGCAGCAGCUCUCUCUGCCUCGUCUUCCCCAAGGGCUCCACUCUCCUCCAUAAAAUAAACAUUGUUGUGAUGCGCCUCCGUGAAGCUGGAGUCUUGGAGAAGCUGUAUGUUGACGGCGUACCCAACGCCAGCAGGUGUGGGCGCCCGGAGACUGUCCCCACCUCUCUCAGACCACUACAACUGGCUGACUUUUAUGGUGUUCUGUCUGUCUGCUGUGGAGGACUAUUACUUGCAAGCUUGAUAUUCCUUCUGGAGAUGAUGAGUGGUGUUUGUAAACAUGAAGGUUAACAGUGGUGAUGGAUGAGCGGCCAUAGUGGUGAUGGAUGAGCGUCCAUAGUGGUGAUGGAUGAGCGGCCAUAGUGGUGAUGGAUGAGCGUCCAUAGUGGUGAUGGAUGAGCGGCCAUAGUGGUGAUGGAUGAGCGGCCAUAGUGGUGAUGGAUGAGCGGCCAUAGUGGUGAUGGAUGAGCGGCCAUAGUGGUGAUGGAUGAGCGUCCAUAGUGGUGAUGGAUGAGCGGCCAUAGUGGUGAUGGAUGAGCGUCCAUAGUGGUGAUGGAUGAGCGGCCAUAGUGGUGAUGGAUGAGCGGCCAUAGUGGUGAUGGAUGAGCGGCCAUAGUGGUGAUGGAUGAGCGGCCAUAGUGGUGAUGGAUGAGCGGCCAUAGUGGUGAUGGAUGAGCGGCCAUAGUGGUGAUGGAUGAGCGGCCAUAGUGGUGAUGGAUGAGCGGCCAUAGUGGUGAUGGAUGAGCGGCCAUAGUGGUGAUGGAUGAGCGGCCAUAGUGGUGAUGGAUGAGCGGCCAUAGUGGUGAUGGAUGAGCGGCCAUAGUGGUGAAGCCAUCAUCACUAACACCAAGACUACGCGACCAUCCUGGGCCCCCACACUGUCGUCUGCACCAAGCAUCACCUGCCAUAUUAGUACACCCUGAUGGUUAUGCUGGCCAUAUUAUUGUAUACAACCUUCAGCAACAAUAUUACUCAACUCAAACAUUAACAGUACUGCGUAGGAAUCAUAUCACGCUGCUCAGACUUAAUUUUGUUCACAAUAGACGGUUUAAAAUAAGUCUUUUGUGACUUUUAAUAUCUACGAGCUCUGCUUCCCAUCGCUCAUUGAAAGCCUUACCCAGAACACGAUCCGCUAACCGCCUUACAUCCAGGAACCACAAUUAUAAUUGGGUCCAGGAACCAUGGAGGAAUGGCGCCACAUCUUCCCAUGCCGCCUGCGCCAUUCUUGAAUUAGAUCUAGGUAUCCCCAUCUCUACUGUCAAAACUGUAUUGGUCCAAACACUCAGGUCUGAUAGGAAAGAAAUUACUGACUCCCAACGACCUGAAAGUACUAAUAUUAAAAGCUAU